CAUUAUCUUAUCUUAUCUCGCCAUUUUCUUAACUACUAUGUCUGUCAAAGGAAAGGAAAAGGCCAAGGUUAUAGACCUGACAGACGAGUCGAGCGACUCAGAGUCAGAGAAUUCCUCUUCCUCUUCUUCGUCAGAAGACGAGGAAGAAUCAAUCACUCAGGAAUUCCUCGAUUCGUUACUGGAAAAAGCUAGGCAAAAUGCUGAUUUGCAGGAUAAGGAGGAACAACGAGCUCAAGAGGACCAAGAGGACGUCCUAAUCCUUGACAAAAUUGAUCAUCAACCGUAUGUUUUUAACUCGCAGUUAAAUGAACUUUCUUCAUUUGUCGUGGUAUCUUUUUCUUACAAUAGCAUCCCUGCGCUUGAUCCCGGAAACCUUCCUCCCUCAUACUUCAACACUUCCGGUUUCUCCAAAAAUCAAAACGGGAACGAGUCAUUCCCCUCAGGAGCUGCCUUCUCCCUUUCCCGAGAUCCUCUUGUCGAAUCCGCUGAAUCCGCUCUUGCAAAGGUGGCAAAGUCGUCAUUGUCAGCCUCAUCCUCGUUAUUGCCCCCUCCGGAAUUCCACCACGGCAAAGCUCUGACGAAAAGGCAGAGAAAGGAGUUAAAAAACAAAACUGCCGGCCCAGACUGGUUCGACCUCCCCGCUCCCCUAGAAUCAGAUCUCCCCAGACUACACCGCGAGGUUGAAGCUCUACGUCUCCGCAAUCAGUUGGAUCCCAAAAGAUUCUAUCGCAAGGAGGAAGGAGAAGGGAAAGGAAUCAAAGGAUUGCCAAAACACUUUGCGAUUGGGAAAAUCAUUACCACCGAGACACCUUUCGGUGGCGCAAGUGGGGAGAAUCUCACUCACGCGGAGCGCAAGAGGACAUUAGUCGACGAGCUUGUGGACGAUGCAGAGAUGAAGAGGUAUGCGAAGAGGAAGUUCGAGGAUUUGCAAAAGGUUAGAGGGGCUAGAGGUAGGAAUACGAAGAAUGCCAGAAAAAGAAAACCGAAAUGGUGAUUCUAUGUUUAUUCGGGUCGUCAAUUGCGAUAAGAGGGACUGGGACAUCCCAGACCUAGUUUACCAUAGCAUAGAGUUUUGCUCUAUCCGCACUUUCGUCCACGAGUCCACGGAACACACCUCCUUCCUUCUCUAGCAACCUUUUCGGAGAGUCGAAUUCGAUCUA